AUGUCAAAGUUUAACAAGAAUCCCUCUAUUAGAAGUCUCGCCUUUAUCGACGGUGAAACGAGAAGUUUAGAGAGGAGAAUCGAUUUGCCUAUUGUAGAUAACACAGAAUUCAGAGAGGCGUUAGUAGCUCGUAUAGAAAGUGUGACUAAAGAAGUAAUCGAACAAAUAUGUUCCGGUCGGCUGCCGCAAGUUUCAUAUUCAUGGUCGCAAAAUUCAGUUGAUAAUCAAACUUUCGAAGAGAACGAUGAAUCACAAGCUGUGGAAGAAUUCGAGCAAACCACUCAAGACACAGACCGAAACGAGAAAAGGACGGUGAUCGAUUUCGCCAGAAGCAGAAGUAAAGAUAAGUUGGCGUUAAUGAUGACCGUAAUGGCUGCUGCGCAUCGUUUGUUGAUCACAAAUAGCACAAUCACGAGACGAUCGCUGUAUUACCAUUUAAAAAACGAAAAAACAUUGAACUUAGCGCCAGAACAGAAACACGUGGACCUGACGGUGAACCACGUGGCAAAUCUGUUGAAUUGCGCACCUUGGGAGCUCAAUCUGCUGCCGACGUCAAAGGGUUUAGCAGCCGGCGAAUUAACGCUCACGUUGAUCGAUAAUCGAAUUAUCGACUGUACGGUGCCGGGAGGCGCUCUUAUUCCGCACAUAGCGUCGAACGUGAUUUCCGCGCGCACCAAAGCCAAAAUGGCGCUGAUCGUCGAGAAGGACUCGGCAUUUCAGAAAUUGUUGGAAGAAGAUUGCACUAAACUGUUGAACUGCAUUCUAAUCACGGGAAAAGGAUAUCCGGACGUAGCUACUAGGAUGCUGGUGAAAUUACUCGCCGACAAAAUGGCGCUUCCGGUUUACGCGAUCGUGGACGCGGAUCCUUUCGGUGUGGACAUCAUGUGUGUCUAUCGAUUCGGAUCGGCGAAUUUGUUUAAAGAGAAGGAGAGCCUAGCUUGUCCGAACGUGCGCUGGCUCGGGAUUCGUCCGUCGGAGUUGGUCGCAUUGGGUGUGAACACGGUUCCUCUGUCUGAAUCCGAUUUAUCAAAGUUGAUAGCCAUCGAGGGUCGACCUUACAUCAACGAGGCGUUCCUCGGAGAGCUGAGAAUAAUGCGGAUGGGCAAGGCGGAGAUAGAAAACGUGUCUUCGUUCUCGAGGAAAUUUUUAAGCGCCACUUAUUUGCCUUGCAAGAUCAUGGGUGGCGAUUAUAUCUAA